AUGUCACGCCGUAAGCAGGCCCGACCACGCUCUUGUCGAGAGAGUUUGGAGGAUAGGAUGGAGACAGGCACGCCUGAGGCUUUCCUGGGAGAUGGAAAGGAGGGUGAGGGGGUGUCACUGGAUAUGGACAAUCUAAGUGGACAAGAUGGUGUAUUAGUGUCUGGUGAUGGAGAGAAGACUGAUGAAGGGAAUCAGGGUGACACAGGGGUGGAGGACACAGGUGAAUUCACCUGUGAUAACUGUGACCAGGUCUUCUACAGCCUUACCAAACUUCUGUACCACAGUAACUUUGAGUGCUCUGCUGGACCUGAUGAAGACUGUGUGAUAGACUUAAGCCGGGUAUUCAGGGCUCAGCCCCAGGGGACUCAGCUUCCAUUUCCUCCAUCCUUCUCUCUGGCUGCUCGCUGUCCCAGCAGAGGAAUUGUACUGGUAGCACCCCAGGGGGUAAUAACACAGCCAAGGCUGGAGGAAAGGUCACAUGAUGCCCCAGACAUGACCAUCUGCAGCUGUUCUCGUGAUGAGAUGACACCUGUGAGAUGUGAUGGAUUGUGCCAGCCCCCAGCUCCUAGCCCCUCCCCGGCCUCUAUAUACUCUGGUGACACCAGCCAGAGCCCGUCCUCUAUGGACUGUGAGCCCAUGUCCCCCAGUGUGGCGGCUCUCACCCCAGAGGAGGUCCCUUUCAGUGUGGGUCUCAGUGAGAACCAUCCUUAUGGAUGUCAGUUCUGUGAGAAAGCCUUCUCACGGUUAGGCUACCUGAAGAAACAUGAGCAGAUUCACCAGGAUUUGCUCCCAUAUAAAUGCGAGUUUUGUUUCCGUAGUUUUAAGCACAAAAGAAGCAGAGAUCGUCAUGUGAAGAUGCAUACAGGAGACAAAAAAUACAGGUGCUGUCAGUGCUCAGCGGCUUUUGCCAGGAGUGACCACCUGAAGAUUCAUGAGAAGAAUCAUCAGAUGGGCAAACCAUUCCUGUGCCCUGAGUGUAACUGUAGCUUCACCUCACUGGGGACACUCACUGCCCACAUGAUGACCCAUAAAAGCCCAGGGGAGGCUCAGUUUAGCUGUCCUCAGUGUGGGGCCAGGUGCCAAGGAGCAGAGGCAUUACAGGUGCACCUAAGUCGCCAUUGUGCUGGGCCUUCCUCAACAUCCUCAGGGGAGAGAGGUCAGGGCAGGGUGUACGGGGUGGAGGAGGCUCGAGGACAGAGGACUGUCUGUCCUGUCUGCUCUGAAGUGUUCAUGAGCAUUGAGGAGCUGAUGGAGCACAUGCCCCAGCACAAUGUUGUAACUUUCUCCAUGGUGUCCCCAACCCGGCCAGUUAGCACCUCCAGCAUGGCCAGUCAGAAUGACCCAGACCAAAUUACCUCCCCUGGCCACUUUGCUGCGGUGGCCGAGGACAAAAACGUUUGUCCUUACUGCUACAGAGAGGACUUUCCCACCCUGGAGCUGUUGGAGAUUCACAUGCAGAGCGUUCACUCAGUCAAACCCACAGACAUUUACACCUGUAAUUAUUGUAAUGCUCCUUACCCAAACCUCUACAGUCUGCACGAGCACAUGAGGGUCAUCCAUAAGAAUCAGCCCUGUCUGGACAUCAAGUACCCCUGCAGCUUCUGCAGCAUGGAGUUCAACAGUAUAGAGCUGCUGGCAGAACACCGACACCAGAAACACAACCGCAUGGUGAACAGCCCCCAGCAGCACAAGCAAAUCUUAGAGGCCAUCACAUGUAUACAGUGCUCAAUGGUGUUUGAGAAUCCAGCCACGCUACAGGAACAUCUGAUGAUGGUUCAUGCCAAGAACAUGAAAGAGGAGAUGAAGACACCGGCCAAGAGGCACAAGAGUUCCUCUGGGCAGAGUAGCUCCAAUAACAACCAUGACACCACAGUCACCAAGCAUUUGCGUGCAGCUCUCUUCUCCAAGUCUCCGUCUCAGAAUGGCACAGUGACACAGGAGAGCAAGCCAAACACAGGGGUGACCUGUGACCAGUGUAAUGCAACCUUCACCAACAUGGAGGACUUCCAGUGUCACAUGAAGCUUCACCUAGGGGCUGGGGGAGGCUGUCACAGGUGCUCUUACUGUAACAAGGACUUCCCCACCAGUGACCUGCUGGAGACCCACACCUUCGUGCACUUUCUCCACCAGAGCACGGAGUACGGCUGCACAUCCUGUGUGAAGAUCUUUCACAAACCAGACGAGCUGCAGAAACACCUGAUGGACAUUCACGCUCACCACCUGUAUCGGUGUUCUCUCUGCAAGGAGAUCUUUGACUCCAAGGUAAACAUACAGGUUCACUUUGCCAUCAAACAUAGCAACGAGUGUAAACUGUUCAAGUGUACAGAGUGUGGCUCCAUGUUUCGCUCAGAGAUGGAAUGGCAGCUUCAUGUCAAGGUCUCCCAUUUACAGAUUGCCAAGCCAUUUCGCUGUUUGUUCUGCAGAGACAGUUUUGUGACAGAGAUAGAGCUUCAGUGUCAUCUGACCACACACAAGAAAUCAUUCCACUGUACGAUGUGCUCUGAAUCAUUCCACGUGGAGUACUUAUUGGACAAACACUUGGAAGAGGCUCACAACCCUGAGAGGCACCUGGUCACAGAGACAGUUCACAUCAAGGUGGAGAAGGAGAACAUCCACGUGAACGUGACUUCCACAACCCCCAGCUCUCUGCUGCCUACCAAAUCCCCGGAGCCUUCCACCAGCCUCUGGAAGACCAUGGAGACCUGUGUCUGGUACACUUGUAACAUCUGCGAUACCAAGUUCAACCAGCCUGCGGCACUGCAGCUUCACAAGCUUCAAGAGCACCAGCAGAAGAUCUCCAGCCCCUCUAAACUUAACCCGUCUCCCCAGUCCCCAGUUACCAAGAGCAGCUCACAAACCACGACUCGCGUGGUGGCCAAGUCCCCGCAUUCUGGCAGCCAAGAGCACACUGAAGGUGGAGAGAGGCUGACACAUGGCUGCUGCUUCUGCAGCCAGACCUUCCGUAGCAAGACAGAGAUGGACAAGCAUAUGAAGAUCCAUGUCAAUUCUGGAGGUCAGAAGUGUAACAUUUGUGAUGAGGUGUUCUCUAGUGCCAAUGUUCUAGCCGAGCACAAGCUGCAGCACUGCAAGGUGCCCCAGGGGAACGUCUGCGUGGGUUGUAAGAAAACUCUGAAGACAGAGGAGCAGUUUUAUAUCCACUCCCAAGAGCAUGCUGUGCAGGGCGCCAUGAUGCAGUGUAUCAUUUGCCGUCAGUCUUUAGCUUCAAUGAUUGAGCUACAGAUGCACGGCAAACAUCAUUUCCAGGUGAAGCCCAGUUUCUACACCUGCUGUGUGUGUCUGAAGACAUUCGACUCUAGGGAGAAUCUCAUCUCAAAGUUAAACAGCAGCGGGAGAACGUACUACGUGUGUAAGCCAUGUUACCAUGGGGAGAUGUCUGAGCAUAUGUGUCAGCAGUGUGGGGCCACAUUCCCGUCACGAGAUCUUCUGGAUUCCCAUGUUCUCACCCACAGAAAGACCUAUCAGUGCAUCAAGUGUCAGGAGUCAUUCAGCUCGGAGUACGAGAUACAGAUUCACGUGGCCACUCACAUGAUCCAGGAGGGGAAUAUCCACGAGUGCAAGCUCUGCCUGAAGACCUUUGAAUCUCCGGCCAAGCUUCAGUGUCACCUGAUUGAGCACACGUACGGCAGCAGCGAGAUGCGGUGCCAUGUGUGCGGCAGUCUCUUCAUGCGAGCUGUGGACAUCCAGGCUCACGCAGUGGAGCAUGGUCUCCCUGCUCGUUCUUACUGCUGCAGUCAGUGUAAUCAGAAGUUCUUCUUCAGUGCCGAGCUAGAAAACCACCUGCUGAGCCACACCCAGGAGGGCACAUCCUCCUCAUCUUCCCCCUCGGAACUAGGAUGCCCUGACUGCACCCAAACCUUCUCUGACAUAGCUAAACUUCAUGCACAUCGUAAGCUUCACGAGAAGAGCAGUGGCGCCUACAAAUGCUCACUCUGUCAAGAUGUCUUUUCGAACAUAGGUGAGAUGCAGACACAUUUCUUCUCAAUUCAUGCGGAUGGACAGGCGGCAAAAAAUGGCUUCACAUGUACAGAGUGCUCAUUGGAUUUCACUAAUCUGGCCAACUUGCAGACCCACAUGAAAAUUCAUAGUGCAGGGAAGGAAAAUCGUAAAUCCCACAUGAAAUCCCACAGUAAUGUGAAACCAUUUGUAUGCCCAAUCUGUGGCAAGGGCUUUUCAAGGAAGGGCCAUGUUAAGGACCACAUGAGAGUCCACUUUGCACAGGAUCCUACCAACCCCGACAUUCUGGAGAGCAUUCAAGACCCGGACAACGGCAGCACCAGUGAUACGCUUAGUCCAGCCAGUGACGGAGGGCCAUGGAAAUCCAACAAUGCCGUGGGUGAUGAUGAAAGUUCAGAGGUGAACCAGGCCUGGACCAAUCACAGUGAAGAAGGGGCUGAAGAGGCGGAGAUGGACAGUGGCGCUGACAAUGAUAAUGAAGCUGCAAUAGAAACCACGGCCAUGAUGGGCUAGAGGAAAAUCAGGACUUUUCCCCCCACAAGAGAAGAGUUAUGUCCCCUUGAGUGCUCAUUAAGGCAGGAAGAGAGAAGAAGCCACACUAUUAUGUUGUUGUUGUAUUUUUGAACAGUUCCAGUGGUAUCUAAAAUGUCCAGUGCCGGUAGUUGUGUUUAUAGCCCAAGUAGGUACUGGGUAGAAAAACCGAGAUUGUUGCCAUCUCCUUGUGAGUGAUAUAAAUUUUCCAUCAAAAUGUGGAUUAAUUUUGAAAUUACUUCAUGUGAUUGAUGCUGGUUGAUUUUAGUUCAUUGAAGGUACCUGUUAACCAAAGCAGCAUUUACACUGUCACGAUUAGACUCUUUGUCUAGACAUCUCUGUAAAGAUUUCUUUUUGUUCCUUUCUUGAAUUGACCGGUUUUCAGGUAUUGUUUCUCAGACAUUAUAUACAUACAUAUAUAUAUAUGUGUGUUUUAUGUUAAGUUUUCAUUAAUGUUCAAGAUUAUCAAAAUGUUCAAGUCUGCAUAAUAUUGUUGUCAUUAAGUUAUCUCUUGGAAAUGUAUUUUUAUUUGUACAAUUUGA